CGCUCUUCCGCUCCCAGAAGCCCCUCGCGACGGAAGUCGUCACUGUGCAGCGUCCGCGGUAGUUCGCCAUGGCGAUGGGUAGCGGCGGUGCGGUCUCGGAGCAGGAGGACGCGGUGCUGUUCCGGCGUGGCACGGGCCAGAGCGAUGAUUCUGACAUUUGGGAUGAUACAGCAUUGAUAAAAGCUUAUGAUAAAGCAGUGGCUUCCUUUAAGCAUGCUCUAAAGAAUGGUGACAUUUGUGAAACUUCAGAUAAGCCAAAAGGCACGGCUAGAAGAAAACCCGCUAAGAAGAAUAAAAGCCAAAAGAAAAAUGCCACUGCCCCCUUGAAACAGUGGAAAGUUGGUGACAAAUGCUCUGCUGUUUGGUCAGAAGACGGCUGCAUUUACCCAGCUACUAUUGCUUCCAUUGAUUUUAAAAGAGAAACCUGUGUUGUGGUUUAUACCGGAUAUGGAAACAGAGAGGAGCAAAAUCUAUCUGAUCUACUUUCCCCAACCUGUGAAGUAGCUAAUAAUGUGGAGCAGAGCACUCAGGAGAAUGAAAGCCAAGCUUCAACAGACGACAGUGAAAACUCCUCCAGAUCCCUCAGAAGUAAACCACACGGCAAGUCCAAAGCUGCACCGUGGAGCUCGUUUCUCCCUCCCCCACCCCCAAUGCCAGGGUCAGGAUUGGGACCAGGAAAGCCAGGUCUAAGAUUCAACGGCCCGCCGCCGCCGCCACCUCCCCCUCCCCCCUUCUUGCCAUGUUGGAUGCCUCCGUUCCCUUCAGGACCACCAAUAAUUCCUCCACCCCCUCCCAUAUCCCCAGAUUGUCUGGAUGACACUGAUGCCCUCGGAAGUAUGCUAAUCUCUUGGUACAUGAGUGGCUAUCAUACAGGCUAUUACAUGGGUUUCAGACAAAAUAAAAAAGAAGGAAAAUGUUCACAUACAAAUUAAGCAGUUCAGCUCUCUCCCAAGGAGAUGGUGUGCUGGUGUCCCUGGUCAAUAUGAACAGAAGUCUCACCGUCAUCUAAUGGACUCUUGGCUGAGUGGGGUCCAUCCCCAGUGUUUUUCCUGGGCUGGGGGUUCAUGCUGACCCCAGUGGAUCGUGUUUAGAGCAUGACCACGGUGACGGACCAACGGUGCAAAUGUGCGUGCAUGGAAGUCAGUCUGUGAAAACUGUGACUGAGCACAGCUGUAGAGUUGUAACAUUCUUAGUAUGUCAAGAUUUUUAUUAAUGCCUUUGCAAAUAAAUGAAAGUCCUUUUUGAAAUCUUGA